AUGGAUGAUUUGGGUCAGAGAAUCAGGGAAAGGGAAUCCCUCUACAAAUGGGGCAAUUCUUCUCUUCUCUUCUCUGCACUCUUUCAAAGAAAAAUCCACAUUCCACCACAUCCUCAAGGUGAUAUUGGUAAUUUCGCUUCCUCCAAUUGGGUUCUGAUGAGCCAAUCACAUUUCAGUUCCGUGACGUGGCGGCACGGGAUUGGGUGCUCUUGUGGACCUUGCCAGAGGAGAUUGAACCCUUGA